AAACCUACCAGCGAAUUGUGGCUAAGAAUGUCUCACAACAUAGACAACCUACUUUGCAUUAGUCCAUAUAAUAUAAGGAUAGACGAAGGCGAAAUUAGUUUUCAUCCUCUCACAAUUAACCAUACACGUUUUCUAAUAUUUAGGAUAAUUUUACUGGAGUUCAUAUUCGUUGCUCCAAUAACGCCUAAAGUUCCAGAGUGGAUAGGUCAAAAAACUAUAAUCCGUUAUGUUUAUACAUUUUGUACAUUUUCUUUGCAUAUGUUUAUUUUGUUGAAUUAUUUUCUAACAGUUAAGAACAAUACCUGUACAUUAAAAACUUUAAACAACAUUGUUAAAGUUUGGAAAACUUUAGAAAAGAAUACGACGUUUUAUCAGACAUUAUUACUAAAACGAUUAUAUUUUUAUGAACUAUUAUUUACCUUCAUUAUGUUAAUUAUCUUCUUACAACAAGAUUAUCUAAGGGAAAUUGCAUGGCAAGAUACAUUAGCAUUCACAUGUUCUGAAAUAUUGGUUUUGAAAAUAAUAUUUCAGAAAAUGCAAAUAUUACUCUAUAUAUUUUAUCUUUUCAAGACAUUAAACUAUAAAAGUAAAAAUGGUGAAAUACAAUUUAUAGACAAAGCUAUGAUUCUCUACCACAAAAUUAACCAAAUCACGAAACAGACCAAUCAAUAUAAUGGCUUGUUCUUUUUAAUAAUUACAGUAAAUAGCUUUACAUGGUUAAUUUACAAUUCGUAUAAGUUUGUGGUAAUUAGCUUAUAUCAAGAUUUUAACUUGAGGACACUGGUAUCCUUUUAUUUGUGCUUUACUUGGACUGGAAUCCAAGUGUUCCAUUUAGGCACAAUUGUUGUAACUUGUCAGAAAGUGGUUGAUGCCAGUAACAGUUUUAAAUUCGCUAUCAAUGGAAAUUUUAACAAUCUAUGUGUAUUCCAAAAAAUCAAUAUUUCCAAAAAGAUAUGUAAAUAUAACAUAUAUCUAUUAAAAUGCUCAGUGAAGUUUACAGCUAAAAGUUUGUUUGAGAUGGACAGAGCUUUACUCCUUAGUAUUUUAGGGACGGUGGCAAUAUAUCUAACAGUACUUAAUAAUUUUGAGACUAUUUAUAGGAUGAAGAAACACUGAGAAAACAAAAUUAUAUUUUUACAUGUAAAAUAAUUAAAUAAAUUGUGUAGGAUGUUCCACCG